CCCUCAGAGCCGCCGUGCGCGGGACGGGGCGACAGAGCACACACAGCACGCGCCCACGGCAGACGCCACAGACGUAGAUCUGAUGUCACUCACUCGUGACCCCCAGCAGAUGGGGGGUGCAGCCUUGUCACCGUUUAAGAAGGAAGUUGGGAUUCCGUGGGGUGGUGUCUGACGUUGUAGCUGUGUUCUGCGCCUGUGCCCCUGAACACUGCCCAUUGGUAAGAUAAGAGCUUGGAUUGCUUGCAUUUUUGGAAAUUGCAAAGUGAUGUUUCAGGUGACGUUCAGUGAUGUGGCUGUAGACUUCUCUCCUGAAGAGUGGGCAUGGCUCAGUUCUGCACAGAGAGACUUAUACAGGGAGGUGAUGGUCCAGAAUUACGAGAACCUCGUCUCUCUAGGCCUCUCUGCGGCUAAGCCAUGUGUGAUCGCUUUACUGGAGGAUGGAAAAGAGCCCUGGAUGGUGGGAAAAAGACUAUCAAAAGAUUGGGAACCAGGAUGGGAAAGCAAGGAACUAUCAACAAAAGGGGAUUUUUGUAAUGAAGAGUCACCCCAAACAGAAAGAACAGAACAAACUGUAAAACCGAGUUGUGAAUUUUCAAGUGUCAGUAAGGACCCGGAGUGCACAGAGACGGAGGAGGGGAGGCCCAGGAGCCAGGGAACACAUUUCAGACCAGUGCCUCUCCGCUGUAGAGAGAGCCCCACUGGACUCUGCAAUGUGUUUAGAAGCACCUUCCACUUGAAGCCCACUUGUUCUGAACCACACAGGCUUUCUCCUGAAGCAAAGUUACGAGCCUGUGCCACGCUGAAGACAAGCCUACCAAGAACGUCCGGUGUAAGGAAUGGCGGGAAGAAGCUUCUGAACUCUAAUGAGGGUGCAGCGGCCUUCAACCAGGGCACAUCACUUAGCCUUCACCAGACUUUGUAUAAUCGAGAGAAAGGCUAUGCAUGUAGAGAAUGUGGGAAAGCCUUUGGCAAACAGUCAAUCCUUAAUCGCCACUGGAGAAUUCAUACAGGGGAGAAACCCUAUGAGUGUCACGAAUGUGGGAAGACUUUUAGCCAUGGCUCAUCCCUUACUCGACAUCAGAUAAGCCACAGUGGAGAGAAACCUUACAAAUGCGCUCAAUGUGGGAAGGCCUUCAGUCACGUCUCAUCGCUUACGAAUCAUCAGAGCACUCACACUGGAGAGAAGCCGUAUGAAUGUAUGCGCUGCGGGAAGGCUUUCAGUCGUGUCUCACAUCUCAUUGAACACCUGAGGAUUCACACUCAAGAAAAACUCUAUGAGUGUCCGGUAUGUGGGAAGGCCUUCAUUCAUAGGUCAUCUCUCAUUCACCACCAAAAAACUCAUACCGGAGAGAAACCGUAUGAAUGCGGCGAUUGUGGGAAAGCCUUUUGCUGUAGCUCCCACCUUACUCGACAUCAAAGGAUUCAUACCAUCGAGAAACAAUAUGAAUGCAACCAGUGUCUGAAGAUCUUCAGUAGCCUCCCGUUUCUCACUCAGCAUCAGAGUAUUCACACUGAAGAAAAACCCUUUGAGUGUCAGAAAUGCAGGAAGUCCUUCAGCCAGGCCGAAUCACUGGAUAUGCAUUUGAGAAAUCACGUCAGACUGAAGCCUUACGAAUGCAGCAUCUGUGGGAAGGCCUUCAGUCAUAGAUCAUCCCUUCUUCAGCAUCACAGAAUCCACACUGGAGAGAAACCUUAUGAAUGCAUUAGGUGUGGGAAGACCUUCAGCUGUAGCUCCAACCUUACUGUACAUCAGAGAAUUCAUACUGGAGAAAAACCAUAUACGUGUAGUGAGUGCGGAAAAGCUUUCAGCAAAGGCUCGAAUCUCACUGCCCAUCAAAGAAUCCAUAACUGCGAUAAACCCAAUAAGUAUGGCAAAGUCGUUGGGCCAUUUCACGACUAUGCAUGUGAGAGACCAGGUGCGAGUGCAAGUAGGAUUCAAAAUAAACCUCAGCCGUAGAUCCUAAGUCAGCAAAAGCCAGACUUCUGCCGGAGAGAAGCUCUAUGAAUGCAGAAAAAUAGAAGUCGAAGUCCUUUAUUUUAAGCGCAUUCCUCAUUGUGCAUUAAAGAACUCAUGCAGUGUGAGACAUGUUGCCAGGUGUCCACUAAGCUGUCUUGCUAGACAUCAGAUUAACAGUAAGGCAACCUGAAGGGUUGGGCAUUAUAUCUAAACCUUGUUUGGCAGCAGCACUGUAAACAGAAUCCUACAGGAGAGCAAGCAAGUUUAUUAUAAAUAAAUAUACAUUUCUUACAGCAGUAACAUAGUUUUGCUCAUAUGCUCUAUAGAAAAAUUUUUUUAAAGAUUUAUUUAUUUAUUUGCAAGUAAGAGUUACACAGAGAGAGAAGAGGCAGAGGAGAGAGAGAGAGAGUCUUCCAUCUGCUGGUUCGCUCCCCAAAUGGCUGCAACAGCCGGAGCUGUGCCUAUCCAAAGCCAGGAUCCAGGAGCUUCCUCCGGGUCUCUCACGUGGAUGCAGGGGCCUAAGGACUUGGCUCAUCUUCCACUGCUUUCCCAGGUCACAGCAGAGAGCUGGACUGGAAGUGGAGCAGCUGGGACUCCAACCGGAGCCCACAUGGGAUGCCGGCACUGCAGACAGCAGCUUUACCUGCUACGCCACAGUGCCGGGCCCUAGAAAUUAUUUUUAACUAAUGGCUAUGUGCAAAUAUCUAGCCAUCUAGUGGUUCCAGUAAAUUUUACACUGUUGAAAAUUAAAGCUGUCAAAGAAGUAAAAAUAGUAUUAAUAAAAUUUUUGGUCUCUAAUAAAAAUUAUUUUGUAUAUAAUGAACUCUCUGUGACUUUUGAAAAAAGUGUUACUACUUCUUGAAGAAUUUGUUUUAGCCAUACUAUAGCCUUUAGUGGGAGAUUAGAGCAGUAUUGGCUGUGUGUGUGGUUUUUAAUUGAAUCUUACUGGGUGAGUGCUAAUUAUGUGAUGAGCACUAGAUUAGCUUUUUGUUACUAUAACAAAGUACCCAUGGCAACACACUGUCAAGAGGAUAAGGCUCGUUCAGCUCAGUUUUGGAGGCGCACAUCCAGGAUGGGGCAGCUGCACCGGUAGGCCUCUGAUGACAGCAGACGGCAAUGGUAGAGUGUUGGGGGGACAGCUCACAGGCAAGCCGGCAGUAGAGAAAGUGCUGACGCAGGGAGCCCUUGGGAGAACCACCUUCUGCAGGCGCGUCCCCAGAGACCUAGGGCCUCCCGCAAGGUCCACAUCCUGAACACCAUCCUGGGUUGUCUCUAACCUCUUGGUUCCAUUAGCGUAUGACUGGGUUUUCACGUCCAGCAUGUGGUUUAUUAUUUUUUUGUAAAGAUUUAUUUA